AUGAUGAUGGUGGUGACGCUGAUACUGCUGAUGGUGGUGAAGAACUCGUGCUACGAUGUGCCGAUCGGGGCCACGGCGAUUCCAUCCGACAUCCCCAACAGCACCCAGAAACUGAGAGUGAAUCAGACGAAGAUCAGAGUGUUUCCCCAGAGUGCCCUCAGCAGCCUGCAGCGCCUCAGGAGACUAACCAUACAUGACAACGACGUGCUGCACAGUAUCGACGCGUUCGCGUUUGCUGGCCUCCCUCGGCUCACUUCCAUCUUAAUAUCCCAGAAUGUGGCUUUGGAGCGUAUCGGAGCUUUUGCCUUCUCAGACCUCCCUGAACUCUGUGAGAUAAUGAUAACAAAUUCAAAGCACCUGAGUUUCAUCGACCCAGAUGCCUUCAGGAACAUCGUGACGCUGCAGUAUUUGACCAUCUCCAGCACUGGGCUGACAAUCUUUCCAGACCUCUCCAAGAUCCACUCCAUGGCCUUCGGAUUUAUCCUUGACCUGCAGGAGAACAUCCACAUGGAGAGAGUGCCCGCCAAUGCCUUCAGAGGCCUCUGCACUCAACCCAUCAAGGCGAUACGGCUCACCAGAAACGGCAUCAAGGAGGUGGCAAGUGACGCCUUCAACGGAACAAAGAUGCACAUAUUGUCCCUAAAAGGCAACCAACAGCUUACUCACAUCAAUCCCAACGCCUUUGUGGGUUCCAGUGAGUUGGUGACGCUGGACGUCUCUCAAACAGCCCUGAGCUCUCUGCCAGACUCCAUCCUCGGCGGACUCAAGAGGCUGAUUGCAGAAUCUGCCUUCCACCUGAAAGAGCUUCCUUCUCUGCGGCACUUCACCAACCUGCGCUAUGCCAACCUGACGUACUCGUCGCACUGCUGCGCCUUCCACAACAUGCCCAGGAACAGAUCCAGGUGGCACAAGAUGUGCACCAACCCUGGGGCGAAGGCUGAGCUUCCCUUCUACAAGAAAUACUGCAACAGCUCCUCCUCCAUCACCUGCAUCCCGCUGUCGGAUGAAUUCAACCCCUGUGAGGACAUCAUGAAGAGCGUCCUCUUGCGGGUCCUCAUCUGGAUCAUCUCUAUCCUGGCGCUGCUGGGGAACGCGGUGGUUCUGCUUGUUUUGUUAGGCACCCGCUCCAAGCUGACUGUUCCUCGUUUCCUCAUGUGCCACUUGGCCUUCGCUGACCUCUGCAUGGGCAUCUACCUGGUCGUCAUAGCAACCGUAGACAUGCUCACCCGUGGCCGGUACUACAACCACGCCAUAGACUGGCAGAUGGGCUUGGGCUGCAACGCCGCGGGCUUCUUCACGGUGUUUGCCAGCGAGCUGUCAGUGUUCACUUUGACUGCGAUCACUGUGGAGCGCUGGCACACCAUCACACACGCUCUGCGGCUGGAUCGGAAGCUCCGCCUGAGACACGCCUGCAUCAUCAUGACAGCCGGCUGGAUCUUCUCCUCGCUGGCCGCGUUGCUGCCCACAGUUGGGAUCAGCAGCUACGGAAAAGUGAGCAUCUGCCUGCCCAUGGACGUGGAGUCUCUGGUGUCCCAGGUCUACGUUGUGUCCCUGCUCCUCCUCAACAUCCUGGCCUUCUUCUGCGUCUGUGGCUGUUACUUCAGCAUCUACCUGACCUUCCGUAAGCCUUCGUCAGCGCCAGCCCACGCCGACACGCGCGUGGCUCAACGCAUGGCCAUCCUCAUCUUCACCGACUUCGUCUGCAUGGCCCCGAUCUCCUUCUUCGCCGUCUCGGCCGCCCUCAAGCUUCCUCUCAUCACCGUGUCCGACUCCAAACUCCUCCUGGUCCUCUUCUACCCCAUCAACUCGUGCUCCAACCCCUUCCUGUACGCCUUCUUCACCCGUACCUUCAGACGGGACUUCUUUCUCCUGGCGGCUCGCUUUGGCCUGUUUAAGACGCGGGCACAGAUUUACCGGACAGAAAGUUCCUCCUGUCAGCAGCCAGCGUGGACCUCUCCAAAGGGCAGCCGUGUAAUGACGUACUCCGUGGCCAAUACACUGAGUCUAGAUGGGAAACAGGAGUGCUGA